AUGAAGAGCAGCUAUGAACGUAAUGAAGACCAAGAGAGCAGCUAUGAAAGUAAUGAAGACCAGGAGAGCAGCUAUGAAAGUAAUGAAGACCAAGAGAGCAGCUAUGAAAGUAAUGAAGACCAAGAGAGCAGCUAUGAAAGUAAUGAAGACCAAGAGAGCAGCUAUGAAAGUAAUGAAGACCAAGAGAGCAGCUAUGAAAGUAAUGAAGACCAAGAGAGCAGCUAUGAAAGUAAUGAAGACCAAGAGAGCAGCUAUGAAAGUAAUGAAGACCAAGAGAGCAGCUAUGAAAGUAAUGAAGACCAAGAGAGCAGCUAUGAAAGUAAUGAAGACCAAGAGAGCAGCUAUGAAAGUAAUGAAGACCAAGAGAGCAGCUAUGAAAGUAAUGAAGACCAAGAGAGCAGCUAUGAAAGUAAUGAAGACCAAGAGAGCAGCUAUGAAAGUAAUGAAGACCAAGAGAGCAGCUAUGAAAGUAAUGAAGACCAAGAGAGCAGCUAUGAAAGUAAUGAAGACCAAGAGAGCAGCUAUGAAAGUAAUGAAGACCAGGAGAGCAGCUAUGAAAGUAAUGAGGACCAAGAGAGCAGCUAUGAAAAUAAUGAAGCCCAAGAGAGCGGCUAUGAAAGUAAUGAAGGCCAAGAGAGCAGCUAUGAGAGUAAUGAAUACCAGGAGAGUAGCCAUGAAAGUAAUGAGGACCAAGAGAGCAGCUAUGAAAGUAAUGAAGACCAAGAGAGCAGCUAUGAAAGAGCAGCUAUGAAAGUAAUGAAGACCAAGAGAGCAGCUAUGAAAGUAAUGAAGACCAAGAGAGCAGCUAUGAAAGUAAUGAAGACCAAGAGAGCAGCUAUGAAAGUAAUGAAGACCAAGAGAGCAGCUGAUAGCUGGAAUUGUAGUGAAAAUAAGACUGUCAAAACAUGA